AUGCUUUCUGACGUCCACACCCUCAAAAUAUGCAUCAUCGGCGCCGGCAUGGGCGGACUGACCUGCGCCCUCGCCCUUGCCCGCGCAGGUUUCACAGACAUCACGGUCUUCGAAAUGGCGUCGAACCUGGGCUUUGUCGGCGCUGGCAUUCAAAUGGCACCCAACAUGGCGCGCAUCCUCGAUCGAUUAGGAGUGUGGGAUGCUAUUGCAAAGGAAGCCGUCGUGCUCACUGAGACGAGUAUUCGACAAGGCGCCACGGACGCCGAGUUAGGGCAUGUCGAUCUACAAUAUAUCCGGGACGCGUACGGGUUCCCCCACACCGUGGGCCACAGGGCGACGUUAGCCGGGGAAUUGUAUCAGGGUUGCCAGAGGGAAAGCGAUAAAAUUCGGUUCCGAUUCGCGACGACGUGUGAUCAUGUCAAGUUCGAGCCGAAGCCGAGCUUCACGGCGACACCACGUGGCGCCGACGCUCAACCAUAUGAGGUACAGUGCGACAUCUUGCUGGCGGCGGACGGGAUCAAGUCCAACUCGCGCGUCGCAAUGCUGAGAGAGCUCAAUGUCGAAGCUACCGUCAAAGAUACCGGCCAGGCGGCGUACCGCAUCAUGUUGACGCGAGAGCAGAUGGCGACGGACCCGGACUUACUCGCGCUGCUCGACGCGGAUAAAGUCAUCCGCUGGAUCGGCGAGAAGAGACACAUCAUCGCGUACCCGGUGUCCAGCAAGCAGAUCUACAACAUCUCGACGACGCAGCCGGAUGUGAAUUUCGCCGCGGCCCCGUCGGCCACGUACACGACGCGCGGGUCCAAGAAAGCCAUGCUGGACGUCUUUGGCGAUUUCUGCCCGAUGAUCCAGCGCAUGCUCGACCUCGUGCCCGAAGGCGAGGUGUGUGAGUGGAAACUCCGCGUGCAUGCCCCGUUGACGACCUGGAUUCGCGGCUCGGUGGCGCUGGUGGGGGAUGCAUGUCACCCAACGCUCCCGCAUCUCGCGCAGGGCGCCGCGCAGGCCAUCGAAGACGCAGCGGUGCUGGCGGUGGUGCUCUCUCAUCUUCCGUCGAGCCCGACACCGGCGGAUAUCAAUAGGAUGCUCAGAGCAUAUGAGAAAGUCAGAAAGGAACGGGCGGAGACGCUCGUUGAACUGGCCGCGGCGAGUGGACGGGCAUUGCAUCUUGGUGAAGGCCCGGCGAAGGAGGAGAGAGAUAAGCAGUUUGCUGCGCUGAAGCAGGGCAAGGGGCCUGUACCGGAUAAGUGGGCGGAUGCUGAUGUGCAGAGAAUGGUGUAUGGGUUUGAUUGUAUGAAAGUGGCUGAGGAGUUGAUUGAGGGGGAGAUGAACGGUGUGAAAGGUGCGAAUGGUGGGGAGGGAGAGCGUGUGUAG